CAGCCUGGGCAACAGAGUGAGACCCUGUCUCUAAAAAAAAAAAAAAAGAAAGUUCCAUUUGUUCACAGCGGAGGUCAAGGUGGGGAUGAGCAAUGUGAUGUAGAGGGGAGGAGGCUGGAGGCAGGGAGACCUGCAAGUAGGCUGUUGGAGAAACCCAGGUGAGACACGCCACACGUGUAAAGGUGAGGACAGCAGAGAAGGGGAAAUGUUUAGGAGGUAGGAUUUGAAAAACCUAAUGAGCAAGUAGAUAUGGGAGGUAACUGAGGAAUCUAGGAGAUGCCAGGUUCCUGAUAAGGUAACUUGGUGUGUGGUGGUGCUGUUCACUGAUGCAGGGAGAGAAAAGGAAGAUGAUGUGUGAUCAGUUUAGGGCCAGGGCCAGGACUUAAGUGCAGCUUUCUGAUUUCAAAUCUAGACCUCAUUUAUUUGUUCAACAACUUUUAUUUGAGCAUCCAGUGAUACCAGGCACCAUGCUACAUGCCUUCCCUACGUUAUUUCUCUCCUCUACCCCACCUUAAUUUUGUUUCUCUUCUUUUUACAGAUGAGGUAAGAGAGGUUAAGUAACUUGCCCAAAAGAGUACACAGUCGAGCUGGACUCAUGCCUAGGUCUAUCUGGCUCCCAAGUGUGUGCCUGUAUCACGAGGCUACACUGCCAGGGACCCAUGAAGCCGUUUGGGGUGCACAAUUGCAUCCAGGGAGGGUGCUGAGGGCUUGGGUAGGCACCCUCGGGCUGAGCCUGGCAGUGUGGUGUGGAUGCUGACUAAGAGCGGGGUUGAGGUGUCUGGUUGUGCUGUGGUUGUGUGGCUUUGUGGAACUGUAUGUGGUCAGCCCGCUGGGGUCUGAGUGCCCCGGGGCAUGGAAAGGAUGGGGCGAGGAGGCUGCUGACUUUGCUGCUUGCCGGGCUGGACUCUGGCCACCCUAAGGCGCUUAGGCUGCUGAUAAUAGCCCUGAGGGAUUAGGGGCUUUGGCAGGCGGGGUCUGGGUUCCCCUGCUAGGGCCUCAAACACUGCUGAGGUUUUCAGGGAAACAAUGCUCUAUCAGGAGUACUCCCAGGAGCUCACACCUUCCCCUACAAAAAAAGCCCAGAUCCUGUAAGAGUCCAGAGGAGACUACGUGCUGGCUCUUCACCUCCUUCCCCAACAGUCCUGGACGCCGAGUGCAGUUCAGGGGGAAGGUUUUGUCCACCUGCUGUCCCCUUGGUUUCUCUUUGUGUAGACAGGGUCCCAGCUGUUGAACGGCAAGAGCGGUCAGAGGGGCUGAAUGGAGGGACCUGUCCUGAAUGACCCCAACCCCAUCUGCAUCUCUGUGGACCUCACACUCUCAGAGACGAGUCCGGCUGCAGAAGGGGGCCUCUCUCCAGAUUGAGGGUCUCCGGGUGGAAGACCAGGGCUGGUACGAGUGCCGCGUGUUCUUCCUGGACCAGCACAUCCCUGAAGACGAUUUUGCUAACGGCUCCUGGGUGCAUCUGACAGUCAAUUCGCCCCCUCAAUUCCAGGAGACACCUCCUGCUGUGUUGGAAGUGCGGGAACUGGAGCCUGUGACCCUGCGUUGUGUGGCCCGUGGCAGCCCCCUGCCUCGUGUGACGUGGAAGCUCCGAGGAAAGGACCUUGGCCAGGGCCAGGGCCAGGGCCAGGGCCAGGUGCAAGUGCAGAACGGGACACUGCGGAUCCGCCGGGUAGAGCGAGGCAGCUCUGGGGUCUACACCUGCCAAGCCUCCAGCACUGAGGGCAGCGCCACCCACGCCACCCAGCUGCUAGUGCUAGGACCCCCAGUCAUCGUGGUGCCCCCCAAGAACUGCACAGUCAAUGCUUCCCAGGAUGUUUCCUUGGCCUGCCACGCUGAGGCAUACCCUGCUAAUCUCACCUACAGCUGGUUCCAGGACAACACCAAUGUCUUCCACAUUAGCCGCCUGCAGUCCCGGGUGCGGAUUCUGGUGGACGGGAGCCUGCGGCUGCAGGCCACCCAGCCUGAUGAUGCCGGCUGCUACACCUGUGUGCCCAGCAAUGGCCUCCUGCAUCCACCCUCAGCCUCUGCCUACCUCACUGUGCUCUACCCAGCCCAGGUGACAGCUAUGCCUCCUGAGACGCCCCUGCCCAUAGGCAUGCCGGGGGUGAUCCGCUGCCCGGUUCGUGCCAACCCCCCACUGCUCUUUGUCAGCUGGACCAAGGAUGGAAAGGCCCUGCAGCUGGACAAGUUCCCUGGCUGGUCCCAGGGCACAGAAGGCUCAUUGAUCAUCGCCCUGGGGAACGAGGAUGCCCUGGGAGAAUACUCCUGCACCCCCUACAACAGUCUUGGUACCGCCGGGCCCUCCCCUGUGACCCGCGUGCUGCUCAAGCCCCUACCCACUGGGGAACAGACACAGAGCCACAGAAGAAUUGAGAGAUGGAGAGAGAAUGAGGUGGAGACAGGCUUGGCUCCCCCGGCUUUUAUAGAGCGGCCCAAGGAAGAAUAUUUCCAAGAAGUAGGGAGGGAGCUGCUCAUCCCCUGCUCCGCCCAAGGGGACCCUCCUCCUGUUGUCUCUUGGGCCAAGGUGGGCCGGGGGCUGCAAGGCCAGGCCCAGGUGGACAGCAACAGCAGUCUCAUCCUGCGACCAUUGACCAAGGAGGCCCACGGGCACUGGGAAUGCAGUGCCAGCAAUGCUGUGGCCCGAGUGGCCGCCUCCACCAACGUCUACGUGCUGGGCACUAGCCCUCAUGUUGUCACCAAUGUGUCCGUGGUGCCUUUGCCUAAGGGUGCCAAUGUCUCCUGGGAGCCUGGCUUUGAUGGUGGCUAUCUGCAGAGAUUCAGUGUCUGGUACACGCCACUGGCCAAGCGUCCUGACCGAAUGCACCAUGACUGGGUGUCCUUGGCAGUGCCUGUGGGGGCUGCUCACCUCCUAGUGCCAGGGCUGCAGCCCCACACCCAGUACCAGUUCAGCGUGCUGGCUCAGAACAAGCUGGGGAGUGGUCCCUUCAGCGAAAUCGUCUUGUCUGCUCCUGAAGGGCUUCCUACCACGCCAGCUGCACCCAGGCUUCCUCCAACAGAGAUAUCCCCUCCCCUGUCCCCUCCACGGGGUCUGGUGGCAGUGAGGACACCCCGGGGGGUACUCCUGCAUUGGGAUCCCCCAGAGCUGGUCCCUAAGAGACUGGAUGGCUACGUCUUGGAAGGACGGCAAGGCUCCCAGGGCUGGGAGGUGCUGGACCCAGCUGUGGCAGGCACAGAAACAGAGCUGCUGGUACCAGGCCUCAUCAAGUCUUUCCGCGCACCGCUGGGAUGGGCGGUGCUGGGCCCUGACCUCCCUCCUGGCACUCCAUCCCCAUCGCAGGAUGUUCUCUAUGAGUUCCGCCUCGUGGCCUUCGCAGGCAGCUACGUCAGCGACCCCAGCAACACGGCCAACGUCUCCACUUCUGGUCUGGAGGUCUACCCUUCGCGCACGCAGCUGCCGGGUCUCCUGCCCCAGCCUGUGUUGGCCGGCGUGGUGGGCGGGGUCUGCUUCCUAGGCGUGGCCGUCCUCGUGAGCAUUCUGGCCGCCUGCCUCAUGAACCGGCGCAGGGCUGCCCGCCGCCGCCGCAAGCGCCUCCGCCAAGAUCCACCUCUUAUCUUCUCUCCGACCGGGACAUCAGCUGCACCCUCUGCUCUGGGCUCAGGCAGUCCUGACAGCGUGGCCAAGCUGAAGCUCCAGGGUUCCCCAGUUCCCAGCCUGCGCCAGAGUCUGCUCUGGGGGGAUCCUGCCGGAACUCCCAGCCCCCACCCAGAUCCUCCGCCUAGCCGGGGACCCUUACCCCUGGAGCCCAUUUGCCGGGGCCCAGAUGGGCGCUUUGUGAUGGGGCCCACUGUGGCGGCCCCCCAGGAAAGGUCAGGCCCGGAGCAGGCAGAACCUCGGACUCCAGCCCAGUGUCUCGCCCGGUCCUUUGACUGUAGCAGCAGCAGCCCCAGUGGGGCACCCCAGCCCCUCUGCAUUGAAGACAUCAGCCCUGUGGCGCCCCCUCCAGCAGCUCCACCCAGUCCCUUGCCAGGUCCUGGACCCCUACUCCAGUACCUGAGCCUGCCCUUCUUCCGAGAGAUGAAUGUGGAUGGGGACUGGCCCCCUCUUGAGGAGCCCAGCCCUGCUGCACCCCCAGAUUACAUGGAUACCCGGCGCUGCCCCACCUCAUCUUUCCUUCGUCCUCCAGACACCCCUCCUGUGUCCCCCAGGGAAUCACUUCCUGGGGCUGUGGUAGGGGCUGGGGCCACUGCAGAACCCCCUUACACAGCCCUGGCUGACUGGACACUGAGGGAGCGGCUGCUGCCAGGCCUUCUCCCUGCUGCCCCUCGAGGCAGCCUCACCAGCCAGAGCAGCGGGCGAGGCAGCGCUUCGUUCCUGCGGCCCCCCUCCACAGCCCCCUCUGCUGGAGGCAGCUACCUCAGCCCUGCUCCAGGAGACACCAGCAGCUGGGCCAGUGGCCCUGAGAGAUGGCCCCGAAGGGAGCAUGUGGUGACAGUCAGCAAGAGGAGGAACACAUCUGUGGACGAGAACUAUGAGUGGGACUCAGAAUUCCCUGGGGACGUGGAAUUGCUGGAGACGUUGCACCUGGGCUUGGCCAGCUCCCGGCUCAGACCUGAAGCUGAGCCAGAGCUAGGUGUGAAGACUCCAGAGGAGGGCUGCCUCCUGAACACUGCCCAUGUUACUGGCCCUGAGGCCCGCUGUGCUGCCCUUCGGGAGGAAUUCCUGGCCUUCCGCCGCCGCCGAGAUGCUACUAGGGCUCGGCUACCAGCCUAUCGACAGCCAGUCCCUCACCCCGAACAGGCCACUCUGCUGUGAACACCCCUAAUGUGAGGCUGGGAAAAGGCAUAUGGACCUGCAAAGGAGGCCCCCAACCAGACAGACCUAGCUUCAACCUAGGACUGCCCCUGCCUGCCCCUUUGGUGCCCAGACCCUGAUAGUGGAUAGUGGGCCUGGGUCACCUUGGUAUGGAAUGUAUGUGCUGACCCCCUAGGUGAGUCUGGGGAUUGGAACAAGGGAUCCUUAGUCUGCCCCCCCCACCGUGUGUGUGUGUGUGUGUGGUGUGUGUGUGUGGUGUGGAAGUUUUUUACAGGUGAAUAAAGUUUGAAAGAUG